AUGGAGCCCUCGGCCUUUUCAGGGCGUCUGCUGACUGCAUCCUCGGACGCCAGUCUAGGGGUCUCCGCCUCGACAGCUUCUGCUGCAACAUCUAGAAGGCACUCGGAUGCCACGCCCUAUCGCAGAAAAAAUCUCCUUGUGGAAAGGAGUAUCUAUCAGCGCCAAUCACCCCUGACGCAGCGCUCACUAGGACACAGUAUUUCAGAGAGCAAGUCCGUAGAUAUACGGAAGCCAAGCCUAAGCUUGAGGGACUCUUUGCCCUCAAGUGCUGGAACCCCUACCACUUCACCAGGAGCAUCUGGACGGCUAAAAAUACGCAGUGGAGACGAGAAGGCAACGAUUUCUCGAAUAUGGGAGGCCUUAUAUCUGUCUGAGGGCGAGCGGCGGUAUGCAUGGAAUGUACUAAAAGGAGACACUGCCGCGCAAAAGAUCUAUGGGUGCCGCUUGCGAGUUAUUCUUGGUCUUAAAAAAGAAUAUGUAGAUCUUACCCACCAAAGGCAAGCAGCUAUUCGCAGCUUCUUGAUGAUGCUAAAUGAGAACCACACAAAAGCGAGUACUAGCUCAAGAAAACGUAUUGCAGAACUCGUUCUCAGCAUUAGAUCGUUGACAUCAAGAGUAACUUUUGCCUUAGAGAGAACAAGAGCUCAAUGCAAGCUGCCCCUGAAUCUUCCUCUGUUUUCAGCUGAAGCAAUUAGUCAAAACUGCACAGAAUCAUGGUAUGCACGUCUUUUAACAGAAAACAUCUUCACAGAGGAGGUUGUUAUUAAACUGAUGCUCCUCAUUGGAUUUUUCGAUGACCCUGACAAAGGUGAAUUUGUGGGUAUUGACACUGUAAGCGAUGCCGUGGCCGCCUUUUAUAAAAGGUCAGUGGAGUACGGUGUUUGGAUAACCUCAAAUGUUGAUGAUUCUGCCCCGAAAGAGCAAAGAUCGGACCAAACGGGGAUAUUUACCUCUGCAGAUGUUUCCCUAUUUUUACUCUUGGGAUUACCAAUACCGACUCUGAAGCCUAUGGACUUCAGUUCUCUUCCUGAAAUGCUCUCACAAUUUCUGGAGACAGCAUUUGGGGCGCCUGACAUGCCUGUGUCAAGUGACGAGAUAAGGCAGCUAUUAAUCAAAGAAGGACAGCGUAUUACAGAGUUUAGAAAGGUAGCCGACGAGUAUCUCCAUCAGGGAAAGGAGAUUGUGGUAGUCCCUGUCCAGCACAGGGAAGAGACCGAUCAAUACGAGGUUUAUUCAACUCGCUCCGCUCCAUCACAGCGUAGUGGCAGUGGCUCGCUCUUUACCAAAUAUCACGCCCCGACAGACGGGUCUUCUAUGCCAAGGAACGCCAAACCUCCGGCGCCCGGGGCACUUCCGAGAAAGAGCAAAGCCAGCACCGAUGGUGGAAUACACGCAAUUCUAAAGAAGAUCCAAGGUGAGCUUUGUAGUCUCCCACGACCACUCUCCAAUAUCGAUCGUGUCUCCAUGCCCGAGUUAUAUGACGAUGCACCUUCUGAGGUUGUGCACACCUACCGUCAGUGUGUCCAUUCGUCUGGACUAUGUGAUACUCCAGAUGCUCCUUCACUUGAUGAGGAUAUGCCUACCUGCACAGAUGUUUUACACAAGAUUCCUCCAACAUCAACCGAAGAUGAAUGUCAGCAUCCUCCUAAUGACGACGACGAUGACUUAUUUCUUAUGCCCGCCAUCACUUCCUUCAGAGAGACUGAGCAUGAAACUGAUGAAACCUUCGCCUCUGAGGUACCUACUGGAAAGGCAAGCCCCGACGAUGUGCGUCCCGAAGCCCCUGUAACUGUCACUAGUGAAGAGCCAAGCAAUGUGUGCGGACUGAUUAUUUACAGAGCCACGUUUCUUUCACCCACUACUAUUAGUGGAAGCUCCUACGACCUCACCGUUGCCCUACCAUAG